CUGACUACUGUUACAGUGUGAGUGUACGCACUCACUCACUGCACCGGUAAUCUGAUCAGGCUAUUAGUAUUACACACUAUUAGACAGGUACUACACGUCUUCCCUUUAUUAGAGUCGUAUCGUCACGUCACAACUGCGCGUACUACCGGUACUAGUACUGGUUCUACUAGAUGUAAAUAAACUAUGUGGACACGUUCAUUUUAAAAAUGGAGUGCCCGGAUAAUAGCGACCUAUUCCAACUGGACGCGCCUCUGCCGCUCGUAGAAAUCUGCCUCAAUCGGUGCGUCACGGACCUGCACACCUUCUGCAAAUGCCACCACCGGACGUCGGACGCGGGGCGCGCGUACCGGUUGUCUGGGGCGACGGCGCUGCCGACGGAGAUCUGCGAGCGUCUGCUGCGGACGUUCCUCUAUCGGCGGCGCUGCUACCGCAACCUCGACGAGAGCCAGCGCGACUUUGCGCCGCUCUCCGAGUUCCUGCUCAUAUUCGGCGACGCGACGCAGACGCCGCUGCAGCGCGCCAACUUCGCCGCGACGGAGCUCGACGACGCCGACAUGGCCGUCGUCGCGCGGCACCCGCUCGUCGAGCUCAACGUCGGAGGCUGCGCGCGGCUGACGCCCGCCGCGCUGCCCUUCAUCAGGGACCUGCGGCAGCUGCAGGUGCUGCGGCUCGGCGACAGCGCCGAGAAGCUGUUCCCUUGUCGCGACGGCGGCGGCGGCGGUAAGACGCGGGGACGGCAGGAGGAGGACGAGGGGUUGGCGUUGCGGUCGACGUCGCUGCGCAUGCUGACUCUGCAGCGUCUUGCAUGCCCCGACGCGGCGUCGCUGCUCGCCCGCACGCUCCUGCCGCUGCGGCAGCUUGUCUACCUGGAGCUCGCGCAGUGCAGCAACCUUGGCGACCUGUCGUACACGUUGCACCUGCAGAGCCUGCGCUUCCUCGUGCUGCCGAUGCACGACGCGCGGGAACUGCCCAACAUCGUUGACAGCAUCUGCCAGCUGAAGGCACUGCGGCAUCUCGACAUUUCUCAGAGCGAGGAGCAAGUCACAAUGAACUUCCAAAAGGCAGACGCCUUGCUGAAGCGCAUCGUGGACAGUCUGCCAAAACUGGUUUCACUCGACAUCUCGUGUACAGAGCUUGCUGGAUUAGAGGAAUCCGAGUCAACAGAGAUGGUUUAUCAUAAACCCAUGCCAAACGACCCAGAAGACUCUAACCUUACCUCCAGACCAACAGAGGCCUGCAUUAACAGUGACAUCAUCGCUUUGCGAGGACUACAGCGCCCCCUUGAGUUCCUCGGCUUGCUUAACUGUGUCAACGACCCCUGUCAUCGAGCGAACAUCCCUGCCCUCACGGUGGCUGGGGACGCAAACGAACAGCAAGUGUUGACGGCCGUUGAACACUACAUGGAGAGGACGGCGCAGUUGGUUCAUGCGCUAAACGAUCUCUUUCACCUAUUCAGAACCACGCCUGUGCACAACACACGCAAAUCCCUGCAGUUGGUAUUACUUGCAAUGGAGAAACACCACGCGGACAAGCUUGUACAGAUAUCUGGAAGUGCAUCACUCUUUUACAUCAUGAAAAGUGAAGAGAAGCAGAAGUUUACAGCCAAAGUUAACCGGAGGAUCAUCACUGCGCUACUCAAUGGCAUGGAGAAGUUUCUGGAACAAGGCUCAGUGAGCGGAAUUGGUGUACUGCGCAUAUAUUUUGCAAGCUGUAGAUGUGACGAGGACUUGCACGCUCCUUACUACUGUGUGGAGGGACGGCUGCCAUUGCAAAAACACGGUGUGCGACGCACUGUGCGAGAUCGGUGGAGCACCAUGUGGAACGUCACAGACGAAACGCCGGACAACUGUAGGAAGUUUCUAGAGAACAGGGGAAUGGAAUUCUUCACUUCCUGCCUACUGGCAUUCGAAGAAAAGGACGAGUUGCUACGUAACAUGCUGGGGUUGCUAGGCAACGUGGCCGAGGUCAUCGAGCUGCGAUGCCAUAUCAUGACAGAGGAGUACAUAUCCUGGUUCAAGUACGUGCGAUUGCAUCUGUUUGCAUACGAGAAGCUGGUGGAGAUCCUGCUGCGCACGGUGCAGCGCGACGACGAUGAGGACUUCAUCCAGCGCAUCAGCAUCUACCUGCUCAACAGUCUCGCCUGCCAGGUCGACAACCGCCAGCGCAACCUCAUCGGCGUUAAGGGCGGCAUCGAGGUCGACAACCGCCAGUGCAACCUCAUUGGCGUUAAGGGCGGCAUCGAGAUCAUGUUGAAGCUGGUGGAGGGACGGCUGCACAACAACACGUGUGACGACGUGAUGGAGAUCGCGUGGAGCACCAUGUGGAACGUCACAGGUCAGGUAUACAAUGCGGCGGGCAUCCUCGCCCACAUCGCGUCGGACGGCCGCGACGCGUGGACGAUCGCGGCGCCACCUCGUCACGAGGUGCUCGCGCGCAUGGCCGACACGAUCGAGCGCUGGAGCCUCACGAAACACCGCAACAUCAACUACAGGUCUUUUAAGCCGAUAUUAAGGCUACUGGUACACUAUGAUACGCCACAAGUGCAGCACUGGGCAGUAUGGGCACUGGCAAAUCUCACCAAAGUCUAUUCUUCCCGCUACUGUGAGCUGCUGAAGGAGGAGGGAGGGCUGGCGAUGCUUCGCGAGAUCGUCGACGACCCGCGGCCGUACGCGCGCAUCAGGCAGCUCGCCGACAUGGUGCUCGACAACUACCACAGCUUCGUAGACGAGCAGACGCACGCCGCCGACGCCGACGCGUUGUGACGCAGCUGGGGUGGCGCCCCCUGCAGGCACGAUUGUCACAGUGGCGUUCCCUGCACGUGCGGUAGCCGCGGUGAUGAUUCCUGGACACACAGGGCCACCGCGGAAGUGUGAAGCGCGAAGCUCGAUUGUAGCGGGUGGAUAGAAUCGUGAUGGGGGGGGGGGGGGGGGUGACGAUGACGAUGAAGCGCAAAUAUAAGUUGAAGCUGGUCCCACUGUGUGUACAGCCGACCUGGCCGCAGCAUGAUGUCCCGGAAGAUUGUCUCUGCGUGCAUGCAUGCGUGCGUGCGUGCGUGCGUGCAUGCAUGCGUGCGUGCGUGCGUGCGUGUAUUCGUCAGCCCCUUACACCAGCACCACAGUGAUUUCGGUUACUAAUUCUAUAGGCAUACGUGGAAAUGAUUGGGCUUUCAUAAGUAUGCUUGGUCACCCGGCAGUGACAGAUGCAUAGCUCUUAUUUUGUGUGAUUAGGGGAUCGGGCGUUUACGGAACAGACUGGGAAAUUCGUUACAGUGCAACCACGCGGCAUCAUCAUGUCAUGUUGCAUGUCGCUUGAACACCGUCUGGUGUUUGCUGCUCUAGCAAAAACUGUAUCCAUAUCCACUUAUAGACGGCUGUUUAAUGUAUCUCGUGAGAGUGCGCGUCAUUGACAUUGUUUACCGUUAAACACGCAUGCACGUGUGUUGGUAAUUGGAUGACUUUGCAUGCGGAACUACUUGCUCGGAGACAAGUAAAAUGGUUUAUCUAAACGGAAUCUAGUAACUUCCGUGAAACUUCCUUAUCUUAUUUCUGCUCACGAUUUUGUUUCGGUAUGGCAUGACGGAGGAUUGAGGCAUGUGCGUGGAGGCAUGCCGUAGCUUGUUCACCUCUUCAGGCUGUUACACUGUUUCGGUGUAGCACCUCUUACCUUGUUCUGUUGAACAUUUGUAGUAGGAACGUUGAUAAUUGCAGUCAGAUCUCAUACGACGUUGCAUCUUGACAGUGGCUUGCUUCACACAGUCCUAGUACAUAGUUGCAGCGGUGGGAAAUCUAUUAGGGGCAACGAGUGACCGUAGUUCUGAUGGACAUGAAUUUUAAAAGCUUUUAACAUUGUUUAAAACGUUAAUUUUGUGGCAAUUUUUGAUUGUUUUCGUGAAAGCAAUUGUUAUCGCCAUGCGAGAUUCGACGGCAAACCUGAAACGGAGCGUGGGAGACGGAGAGAGGGGGUAAGGUAAAUGGAGGUCAAUGUCGCAGCUGUGCGAAAUAUAAAUAGCUAAGUAAUUUCUUUGUGAAAAAUAUUACCUUGUGACUGUUAUUAUAAUCGUCGGCUGACUAGUUAGUGUAAUUUGCGAGUGCAUGCAGUAGUUAAUUUCGAAUCAUGUGUAUACACGGUUGUCAUCGAAUAGUUUUAUGUCAUUAUUAUUUAUGCGUUACAUGUAUACUAUAUUAAUUAUUUAAAGCAAAAAUUACAAUCCCAAAUCGCAUUUCUGUACGUUGUACUCGGAAGCGAUCAUUUAAUAUAAUGGACUGAGAAAACGUGUUGUUUAAGACACUUGUAUUUAUUGAACAUUGAAAUCUGAUGAGCUGUCUGUUGUCGACAUCUUAUUUAACUCUUUUUGCUGAAUGCCAAAGCUACCGUUAGCUGUACAGAAGCAAAGAGGCACUGCUAACGUUACAAUGCCUGCUAGUGAAAUCACCUAGCCUAGCUGUGAGUUGACAACAGGUGGAAACUCUAUAGUGACAUCUCAUCAGCACAUCCUUUAUUGGUUCUCUUCAUUUACUCCCCCAUCUGUUAAUGGGGGUAACAGAGAUUUUCCAACAUUACUUCCAUGUUCUCUGGUAGCGCCUAGCUGAUUAUCCCAUACUGUCGACUUAAUGGCAACAUAUUUUUACGACAGAUGGCAGCAGUGUCCGGUAUGAUUCCCGUAAAGCUGGCAGAAGCAUCUAGUAUGGCUAUGACGUCGUACGUCUAAAGUGUCAUUUGUCGAAUGUAUAUCGAAGUUGAGUGCUGUGCAAAAGCUGUGACAUUUUGGAGAUAUGAUAGUAAUAACUAUUUGUGAGCUGACAAUGUGCCUACUUCAUAUAUAGUUCGCAGGUGUAUAAAGGGACAUUAACAGCCGUUGCACUAGCGUGCAUCAACACACACCUACAUCGUAAUUAUUGUCUAGAAAUGUGUGCGUUUUAAGAAAAAGAAGAAAUUAAAAUGAA